AAUCUACUUAUCUUUCAAGGUCAGUAAAAAGAUUACGCAAUCGCGCGUACAUUUGGUCCAUCGACCCUUUUGCUUGAAUCAGCGUAGCUUCAAGUGCUUCUAGAGCUUCAGCUUCAUCCCAUUGCAUACACCGCAAGCGCAGUCAUGUCUCUCGAAAUCCGGGGAGCAAUUUUGACCGGAAUUUCUCGAAUUCAAACCUUCGUUGAUGGCCUCGCUGACAUUGACAAACAACUAGCUGACUAUUCUGCAAACUUAGCCAGUCAGUUGGACACAGUGGGGGCACUUAGAAAACAAUACAUCGACGUCCAGGCAGAAAUCAUCGCUAGCAAAACGCUUGAGCUUCAUCAAACUGCUGAGGUUGCCAGCCUCAAAGAUUUCAUUCAGCGAUGCGAUUUGCUUAUGGCCAAAAUCAAAGAUCUUCUUGAUGACGCUCCCGGAUAUUCCGCCACAGACAUGAAGCCUACCUCCAUUGCUUCUGGGGAUUUAACGCAACAAUUUCUUACCUUCAUGCAACAAUCCGAAAAUCGCUAUCACACGUCGGAGAUGCAGCAUCAUGAGAACAUGGAAAAUCUCGUCAAUGCAUUGAAAGAUGUUCCGUUGGGUGCCACCAGCGGCUCUGCACUCCCUGUGACAGCCGUCAAACCUCCUCAAUUGCAUUUGCCUACCUUUCACGCUUCUGCUCUCGUCAACACUGUCAGUACCGAUCCAUAUCGGUGCUGUAGGAAGUCAUCUCAUCCGUACCACAAGUGCCAGGGCUGGCACAAUGUCCUGCUUCAUGACAAAUCCAGCUCUGUGGAUCAAUGCAUCUUCAGCCAAGCUUCAGCAUCCUCAGACAAUGCUUCAGACGUCCAAGGUUCCACCAGUCCUACGGAUUCUUCUGCCAUUGUUGCUGUCUGUUCUGCUUCUGAGAUUCACCACUCCUAUCCACCUCCAAGAGUCUUUCUUGCGACGGCUUUGGUGAAUCUUCUAACAGCAACUGGGCAGAUGCUUUCCUGCCGCAUACUACUUGACUGUGGAGCUCAAGUUAACGUCAUUGCUUCAGACAUGGCGAGGCAGCCGAAUCUACCGAGACAUCCUGCUUGCUUCUCUGUCAGUGGCCUGCGCGCCACGACUUCUCGCGCUAGAUUCUUUGUGAACGCGACUGUAGUCUCCAGGACUAACGGCAUCCGCAUCACACUGAAAUGUUUCGUCAUGCCUCAAAUCCCAGGCAUGUUUCCCAACUGGCCUGUAGACUCCUCCAAGAUGCACAUACCUCAGCAUAUCCCUCUGGCGGACCCGGAUUGGGCGGUGCAACGCCCUGUGGACAUUCUCAUCUCUGGCAACCAUUUCUGGGACUGCUUCCUGAACGAUUCCAUCUCACUGGGCCCAGGACUUCCCAUGUUAACAGCUUCAGUGGUUGGCCAUGUGGUAGUGGGAGAGAAUGAGGUUAUGUCUGCCUCAUAUUGCUUAACGUUCACUGCCACAACUCCGGAAACCUCUUUGCAUCAAUUCAGGGAAUUUGAGGAUGUGCCUGUGAACUCUUUACAACUGGAGGAUCAACUUGCAUCACCAUCUCAUUCAGCUUCGGCUCAUCAGUGCAUUGGGGGUGAAAAUCUUCUGCCUCUGCUUCUCUUUCAUCACCCUCCGUGCAUUCUUGGUGAGUCGCGCGAGUUCGUCAUCCCACAACUCCGCGCAUUGGAACGCAAAUUCCACAACAACUUUGCCUUGCAAAUGCUUCACUGCAAGGCUCUUGAUGAUCUACAAUGUGUUCAGUGGGUGAAGCCCCUCUGUGACGACUCCAAGAGGGGUCCUAUUCAAUGCGUGCAUCAUCACAGAGCGCUCAUCCAUCUGAUUCGAAUCAUGCUUCAAAAAUCUCUUCAAGAAAACUGCAUUCAGUCUCAGCCUGAGUCGUCGGGGUCAACUUGGUUGACUCAUUCAUUUUUGCCCGAUAUACAGUCCACUAUCGCUCACUGCUUCAGAAUUCUGACACAAAGGAAGUACCAGGUUCAGAACAUCAUGCCAGUGUCAGGAUUCAGGAACGCUUCACAUUGCAUUUCGUGUGUGCAUCAGCCGAGAAUCCUCGAGAGAGCUGCAGAGAACAUUGCACAGCCGGGGAGCAUUCAGCCGCGCAAUUGGAAGUGGCUGAAUACUCUGCCAUUUCCCCUCGAUCCCCGGACAUUGAGCUAUCAGGAAGGUCACAUGCUACACCAAGAUAAUCAUCCCAUCGUCUUGCCAAAGCUCAAUCGCCUGAAGUUCAUCAUUUGGCAAGAACACUUCCGGCAACUCCAACCAAUCUACUGCAUGAGAAAGGAGAAUCUUCCGCAUUACACAGACAUUCUUCAGCUUCCAGAGGAUGACUUUCUGUGCUCCUAUCGGUCGGAAGACCGAAUGGACCCCACCGGGGAGAAUGUUGGCGAUGCUGGAGCAUAUUUUGAUACGCAGCCUAAAAUUGACGCUGUCAAUUGAGGUGAAACUUCACCUCGGGUGUCAGAGUCACUUCCGUUUUUGAUGAAAAAGGGACUUGGAAGUUGCUCAAAUUGUGAGGAGAAAGUGCAUAAGUGAAUUAUUAACGUAGAAAAAUCUGUAAGGUGAAAUUUAGAAAUAAAAAAGGUGUUGGAAAGGGAACUUUAGUGCUCCACGUGCACAUCUAUUCAUUCAUCGUUGCAUCCGGCGCAGAAAUUCCACGAGUGAGGGACAAAAAUUUUGUCCCUUCGACCGGGAUUGGCUAUUUUUCUAACUAAAUCUACUUAUCUUUCAAGGUCAGUAAAAAGAUUACGCAAUCGCGCGUACA